CAGCUCCCCUUGCUCUCCGGGCUCCGUAGGGAGGAGGGGCUGGAGCUUGGCCCACAGUUAGGACAAUGCUCCUCAGGCUGUUCUUGGCUCUCCACCUCUUCCCUUCCAUUCAAGCAACGGCAGGUGAAAACAUGAUCCAUUGUUUCAUUCCAAGGAGGAAAAAAUAACAUCAGGAUGCCAACUUUUAAACUCUGCUGCUGAUGGGCGUGCCAUCAAGUCUGUUCUGACUCAUACAGCCCUGUAGGCCAGAGUAGAACUGCCCCAUAGGGUUUCCAAGGAGCAGUUGGUGGAUUUGAACUGCCUACCUUUUGAAAACAAGAUUUUUGUGAAGCAGGCGCCGAUGCUCGUGGCGUACAACAAUGCGGUAAACCUUAGCUGCGAGUAUACUAACAACCUCUUCUCCAAGGAAUUCCAAGCCGCCCUUUAUAAGGGAGUGGAUAGUGACGUGGAAGUCUGUGUUGUGAAUGGGAAUUACUCCCAUCAGCUUCAGUUUCACUCAAAUACGGGAUUCAACUGUGAUGGGAAACUGGGCAAUGAAACAGUGACAUUCUACCUCUGGAAUUUGUACGUUAACCAAACGGACAUUUACUUCUGCAAAAUCGAGGUCAUGUAUCCGCCUCCUUACAUACACAAUGAGAAGAACAAUGGAACCAUUAUCCAUGUGAAAGAGAAACAUAUUUGUCCAGCUCCCCCGUCUACUGAGUCUUCUAAGCCAUUCUGGGCACUGGUGGUGGUUAAUGGAGUCCUGGCUUUCUAUAGCUUGGUAAUAACAGUGGCCCUUUGUAUUUGCUGGAUGAAGAAUAAGAGGAGCAGGAUCCUUCAGAGUGACUACAUGAACAUGACCCCUCGGAGGCCCGGACCUACCCGCAAACACUACCAGCCUUAUGCCCCUGCGCGUGACUUUGCAGCCUACCGCUCCUGACACAGAUACCUAUCCAGAUGUGAGCCGGCUGCUGCCUCUUCAUCUGUUCAACACCACUGAUCUGGAUAGGAAAGAACCGCCUCUGUCUUCAGCCGGCUACCUCGGGCCCCCGUUAGGUCACUGAUGCCAGUUUUCUUGGGCGACUGACUAGACUAAAUAUCAAGAUGAUUUUGAUACUCUGAAAUGAAGUUAAAGAAAAUUGCUGUGGCGGGUACCUUGCGGUGCCAUGAUCUAAAUUCAUACUUAGUAUGUAUUUAUUGACUUGAUGAGAAGGUAGAAAACAAGUGAGUGGAUUCUGUUGCCUUGAAAUCUGCUUCCAAGCUGCUGGUGGAGCCCCGUUCCAGUCUCACUCACCUGCGUAUCUCAAUCAAGUGAAGUGUGAUGACCAAAAACUUCCUAGAGAAGAAAGGUUAAAAAAUCAUUCCAUUCCCAGUUGCUGUGGAGUCAAUCCUGACUCACGGCGACCUCAUGAGUGUCAGAGUAGAUCUAUGCCUCAUAAAGUUUUCAAUGGUUGAUUUUUCAUAGUUUACCAGGUCUUUCUUCCAAGGUACCUCUGGGUGGACUUGAACUGCCAACCUUUCAGUUAGCAGCAAAGUGAACCUGUUAGCCAUUUGUACCACCCAGGGACUCCUAGAAAAUCAUCCCUGCUCGUUAAAUGAGAGUGCAGGGUGGGGGUAGGCUACAGUGGGGAGGGUAGGGAGAUGGUGAAACUUAAGAUGUUUUUAAACCAGUAAAACGUGGUCUCUCACUCAUGAAAUGAGCCACUUAGUUCCUAUUUAAUGUUGUUUUCCUUUUAGUUUAGAAAGACAUAGACUUUGUCUGUGAUCAAUUCUGACCACAUUUCGUCAUUUUGACCAAUGAAAUCCCCUCAUAUCUAGGCAAACAGAUAUAUUCUCUUCACUCCCUGUGAUGGAAAUUCUGUUUAAUAUUCACAAUAUUGUUUAAAAAGAAUAAAGUAGUCCUCUACACCAAGGAAGAGUGUGUGUCAGGAAAUAAGAUCACUUUAUGUCAAAAUUAUUUGAAUAAAACAAAGGAUUAUUUGUUUAGCAGCUCUUUUCAGCCAAACCCUAUAGAUGGUUUUGUUUUCCAUCUCUUUCAGGUUUGAACAGUUGGUCUCUUUAAUGUCUGAGUGGAAAUCUGAAGUGGGAUGCUGAAAAAGCAUCCAUGGGGCAGAGACGAUGCUGUGAAAAAGGGACAUUAGCAUUCAUUAGCGUAUGGGGGAGGAGCCACAAGCCGCCUCUUCUGAAGGAGGCAGAAUGGAAGGAAAUGACAAGAUUCUUGCCAUGUGCUAAGGGGGUGGCUGGCAGCAGGCAGAAGGCGCUCUCUCUGGUGAGAAACACCUCUAGAGGAACUUUACGUAAUUUAGGGUUCAGAGCUUCACAACUCUGUGGGCUCAGCUGCCUGCUUACACUGGAGGUCCAUUGAUAUGGAAAAGUAUUUUGGGUUUGUGUCGCCUCUAAUGGGACAGCAUCAAAGCUCUCAAGAGACUCUCCAAGGCCUAGUCCUGGAAUGGCCAUGGAUAAUUUUCUGCCUCUGGUUUUGGGUUACCUGGAGCAUGCCAGGGGACCUUUAAGAACGGGCUCUCCGACUUCCUUCACAAUUUAUUCAGUGCUUUGAUUUAUUCAGAUGUUAGAAGAGCCUAGGGUUUUAGAGGCAGGCAGAGCCUGUUCAAGUCCCUGGUAUGCCUUUUAUUAAUAAAAAUUGAACGGCCUCAAGCAGUUCACUGCCUCUUCAAGACUGUUUCUUCAGCUACAGAAUUUAGAUAAUUACCAGAAAUAUCUCUCCAUGAGGGUAUGGCUCAAGCCUUUCUUUUCUCUGUUUGUCCCUGGCACUUAGCACCAUGUCUGGCUAUUAUAAUGUUAGCUAUUAUCAUUAUUGCCACAGAGAUAAAUUACGCAUAAAGGUGGGCAAUGACCUAAGAAGAGAAGGAAUAUUAACACAAAUUUAAACCCACUAUCUCUAUCUACCCAGAGAUGAGGUGCUAUAGAAUAUAUUCUGUUUCUGUUUCUUGGGAUAUUUUAACAUGUAAUAAAAUGUAACAUAUUUUCCCCCAUUUUUAUGUAUAUGAAGGUAACUUCUUUAAUUUUUCUUUUUAAUGUGGGGAGAAGGGGAGGGGUAAAAAUCUUAUGACUGCAGACAGAAAAUAUUGUACUCUAUUUGAUUAACUUAAUCAAUUCAUAAAAGGUCAAACUCAGCAAUACCUGGAUGGUGAAGGACUGUUGAAUUUACACUGGCACACAUAUCACAUUGCCAUCCUCUGGGGACACAGAAUUCUUCAGUCCAAGUUAUGUAAUUGUGUUUGAAAAUGACAGAGCUGGAGAAUUUUAGGAAGGGCAGUAGCAAAAAACAAAAAUGGAAAGAUUUGAUCUUUGAUAAUAAAUGCUUUUAUUUUAUGACUGGAAACGGAGAUUAACUAAAGAUGAAUCACACUUGCGAUUUUUCUUACUCACUCUGUACAGAGCCAAAGUAGAAAUAUUAUAUAAGGAAGCCUGUUUUCACUGUUAGUAUGAACCAAGAAAUGGUUUAAAAAUGGUGGCUGGAGUUAUGUCUUUAUAGUUUCAGAUACGGUACUUAUGAGGAAAACAAUAUUGUUUUCUGCUACUAUGGUAAGACUCUUAAGGGUAAUGAUAGUCCCGUAAAUUUUUAUUAUGAGCUUACAUAUUUGGGGCUGAAUGUGUCAAUUUAAAGAAAUCAAGUGUACAUUAUGUUCUGUGUAUUCAGUGAUAAAAUUACUGAACUACCACUGAAGUGUUUUAAAAUUUGUGUCUUAAUAUUGUUUUUCAGAGCAAGUAUGCUUUAUUUUGGCAAUGAUUCUGGGAGUAACUUGCUCUUUAAAAGAUGUAUAACAUAAAUCCUUUUCUCCAGUUUUUAGUAGGAUUGGGAAUGCUCUUGCCUCUAGUUUUAUCAGUGCCUUCAUUGGUUUUUCUCUUUGUUGUCUUUCAGACAUGUUGCAAAGUCUAGAAAAAACAGACUUUGGAGUUGAAGUCACAGAUUAAAAAAAUCUAGACUUUCAAAUAUUAGCUUCAUUUCAAGCAAGGCACACUUCUGGUGACAAUUUUUUGCUUGGUUCCAGUCACAGUUUCCCAUCAGACCAAUGGUUUACCUCUCUGAGAUGCUGGCCUGGACUUACCCAUGCAUUCUAUGUGAUGUGAACACUCUAUGAGAGAGAUCGAACUUGAGCCUUGACUCCAUCAGCCCCUUGGGUUAACUAACUGAGCCACCAAUGAUCAUGGUUAUUUGAAUGGGGAUGUUGAUGGGCAAGCGGAUGUCUGAACCUUCAUCCCAGCCUUUUGCACUACUGGAUGGGAACUACGGUAGGCCAAGGGCUUAUCUCAGAGAGUGAAAUUCAACUAGACGUUGGAGGUUAGAGAUGGUCCCAAUGGUGAACCUAGAACUAGGGUCAUCAGUGCUAUAGAUCUGUUACCAACCCAGGCCAAAAACAGUGGCAUGGGCUCUAAAGAAUUGGGGUGGAUGAGUCUUUGGCAUUUGCAAGGACAUUCAAGGCUCAGGAUCUCUUUCUCUCUCUCUCAUAAGUAUAUAGCUGCUUUUCUACCAUAUUCCGGCUCAAACAGCACAGGCAUGUUCCCACCUCAGGUCCGUUACAUGUACUAUUUCUUCUGCCUUGGGUGUGCUCCCCAGGCAUGUGCACGGCUUGCUUCCUCAUCUCCUCUGGUCCCCGCUCAAAUGAUGCCUUGUACUGUAAUUAAGGAGCACUGUAGUUAAGGAGUGCAGUGGUUAAGUUCCAAGCUCCCAACCAAAAUUUCAGCAGUUAGAAUUCACUAGCCACUCCCUCAGAACCCCAUGGGGCAGUUCUACUCUGCCCUGUAGGAUUGCUAUGAGUCUGAAUUGACUUGAUGGCACCAGCUUUGGUUUUGUUUUUUGACUCUAUUUAAAGCCCCUUCCAUUCCAUACCCUUAUCUGCUUUCUUUACUUGCUUUUCUUCAUAGUAUUUUCACUUUCUGUUACCUAGAUGUUUUACUUAUUUGUUUGUUUAUUGGUUAUCUCCCCAACUGAAAUGUAAACUCCGUGAGGGAAGGGGCUUUGUUUUGUUUAUUGCUGUAUCUCCAGUGAUAUUUAUUGACUGAAUGAAUAAAUUUCGCAUGACCUUAUCAAUGAAUGGCCAGUUUAAAUGUUCUAAUCAGACUCUGAGAAGAAGAAAGCCUGUUUUGUUUUUUGCUUUUGUAUUAAUAAAUUCAAACAUUAAUUUUAUUUGAAAAACGAGGUAAAACAUAUAUGCAGCCAAACCCGGAGAAAGAAAACUUGAUGGAUAUAUGUUCACUGACAUUUUAGAAAUUUGUGUGCAAUGAGGAAAACCAAAACUAUUAGAAAGAAUAUCUUUAAAAUCACACUAAAUAAGCCACAGUCAGGAGUCAGUUGAUUUCCCGUAAAGACCCCAAAUUCCCUCUGAAUGGAGUAUUGACUACAUUUUAAACAUGUCUUUAGCCUAAGGCUUCUGAAAAAUGUUGCUUUUGUAGUUGUAGUCCUUUCUUAUUACUGAACUGCUACUCUUUUUAAUGGGGUGAUUUUACCCCAACGAAUUCUCUCAAUGCUUCGGCUCUGAUUCAGAAAGAGCUCAAAGAUGACAAUACUGAAGACAGACAAUUUCAGCUUCUUCACGUAUCAUGCUCACAUCAUAACUGAGGACUCUAAUAGCUUCAAAAACCAAAACCAAAUCCAGUGCCGUUUAGUUGAUUUCAACUCAUGGCGACCCUAUAGGCCAAAGUAGAACUGCCCCAUAGAGUUUCCAAGGAGCGCCUGGUGGAUUCGAACUGCUGACCCUUUGAUUAGCAGCCAUAGCACUUAACUACGACACCAUCAGGAUUUCCUCCUCUAAUAGCUUGCAGUACUGUAAAAAUAAUAACAACAACAGCAACGAACAAACUAACGAAACUUGUGACAUUUGGAGCAACUUGAAAAUUGAAAUCAGGCUUGUAUUAACCAUUGCGUGUGUGUGCACACACACACCAACAAACCCACUAUCAUUUUGUAGGUAGGAGAAGGCACUUAACCAACAGACCCAAGAGCAGGCCCGGUAAUUCACAUAGCCUCCUGUUUCCUUUGCUGCAGAUUGUACCACGAGGGUGGCUUGAAAUCAAAUAGGUGUACAAGGACUUCCUCUCUAAACAGACUCUUGUCUUUGCUGAAAAGGAGUUCUUUAAACUUAACAAAGGUAACUAAAACUUGAAAAAUAUGGCCUUACAUAUGUCCUUCUCCGAGAAAGACUGAACUCAGCUAGUUACUCAUGGGUUCAAUAGGACAAGUCAAAUCAAAUGGAAAGGGUAAGAUUGGUAAAAAUUGGUUGCUAAGUGAAUCGGCUCAAUAAGCUACUCCUUUACCUGGGCUCAUAAAAGUAGCGUAGCCUAGUUCUGUGAAAGGGUUCUAGUGCCAUGAAACUAAAAUUCAGUAUGAAAUAAAACGCAAACUUCAGGGCUUCACCUGACAGAAGUCUAACCUUGUUCUAACUAACUCACUGCACAAAAAGCAUGAUUGCCCCAGCCGUGUCUUCACUUCUUUUCUCCAGUCUGGUAAAAUACAUUAUGAUUCAUUUUUAAACAGUACCCUUUCUCCCCCUCUCAUCUCAUUUGGAGCAGAGAUAAUGGGCAGGUGAGAAAACUCAGGGAAACUUCUGGAUCCACAAUGGUGGCUGGACUGUUACACUAAGCAGCAGCAGGACUGUCUGGGAGUUAUACUGGAAUCCUGUUUGGAAACAGCUUCUCCAAGUGUCUACCUGUGCCUCUUAAACCGAGGCACUGCCUAAAUCUUGAUUUUUCCACAGUGGGGCUCAGAGUAGUUUUGUCAUUUAAGAAAGCAUCUGAGUGGGUGGACCUCUCCACUUUCUCUGAUUUGGCUUCCCAGAAGAAAGGUAUGCUUUCCCUUCCAAGAUUCACAGGCUCCUAGCACCUAGAAACCCAGGCCCCUGUCCAGAGCAAAAUGUGGCACACUCUCUCAGUGGGCCAUUUGUUCUUUUUGGGAUGUUGACACUGAGGCCCACACUUGAAAAAAGUCUGGGAUGAAAUUUGGGUGACCCAAGAAUAAGUCAGCUCUUCCAAGUUGACCUCACUUUUGGUGCAACCCUAAGGGCAAGAUACAUGCUUUUGAAGACCAUGUCCCUAUCCUUGCCUUCUGUUUGAACUCUAUGAAAUGGCUGGGGAUGCCAGAAAUUCGAAAGACAAAAAGUUGUAGAAAGGUGAAUUUAUCUCUGGGUAGAGGUGGAUUGGCUUUGACUUACUUCAUUGGGCAGAACUGUCUCAAUGACAGAUUUAAACAAUUCUCUAGCUCCAAAGCAAAAAAUGUGAGAACUGGGUGGAAAUGUCAGUUGAGACAGAGGAGCAGCAAACAGCUUUGUUUUCCUACAGUUGUGGUUUUACACGGUGAUGAUGACACACAAAGAUGAAAAUGUGCAGCAUGAACUCCAGUUCUUAUCUGAGUGAGCAUCUCUGCCAAGGCUGAAGGAUAUGUGUAGGUGUCACCUGCCAGCAAAGAGACACAGAGAGAGAGAGAGAAAGAAAAAGAGGCCCUGUUUCGGAAAGAAAAGCCAGUUAAUCAGAGA